AUGAUUCCUUCCUCAUCCACAACAACACCCUCUUCCGUAACAACAGUAUUAUCCAAUCAGCAUCCUUCUCAUACAACCAACAACAACAACAACAACAACAACAUGAAUGGAACAACAACAACAAACACAACCACUUCGAAUGGCAUCAACAACACUGGUUCCUCCUCCUCCUCCUCAUCAUCAUCCACAGGAGGAUCCUCUUCCUCAACGGCCAUCAAUAUUGCAAGCUGUUCAUCUUGUUCCUCAACGUUGAAUCAUGGAUCAUCAUCAUCACUUGUUCAAAAUUCUAAUAAUACUUCUUCCGUGAUGAUGACGAUGGUGGCACAAUCUCCUCCGAGUAGUAGUACUACCAAUUCAAUACCCAUUAUUAAUUUUACCUCUCCUCCAUCUUGUUCGAAUCAUCCAUUCAAUAACUCUUCUGUUCUGAAUACUACAACCAGUACCACCACAACUAUUAAUAAUAAUGGAAGCACUGUCAGUAACAACAACAACAACACUAUCAAUCCUUCAAAUAAUAAUCUCUUGACCACUACCAACACUGUGACAGGUCUUCCCAGUUCAGGAAGUAUUUUAAAACCAUCCUCGUCACUGGGAUUGACAACAGAAAGCACAGUGAUUACAACCACGAGAGAAGAACAAUCCAUUUAUGGUCAUUAUACAAAAAUUGUGGACAAAUCUGAAACACAACGAACUGUGACUUAUGCAAACGUUUCAAGAUUGGCAACAGAUUUUGGAUUUUUAAUUGAUAAUGAAGAGCUUAGUGAUUGUCAACUUCGAGUGGGUAGUGGAAAAAAUCAAAGAACUUUUCAUUGUCACAAAGUGAUUUUAUGUCAACGAUCAGAGUAUUUCAGAAAUAUGUUUUUAGUGCAUCGUGGAAUGUUUUUGGAAUCUUCUUCAACACCAAUUUCUGGGACAACAAAUUUACCAUUUUCUGAUAAGAGUGCAGAAGUGUUAACAAACUCUUUCGGAACGAGAAUAUCCAUUGUGGAAAAACCCAACAUUGCACCAGCUGUUUUUGAAAAAGUGUUGCAAUAUAUUUAUACUGGACGAGUGACAUUUACCACAAAAUUAAAACAUAGAAAAAUUAAGGACAAAACAGUACAUGUGGCACAAAUGCAAAGUCCUGACGAUAUUGAUAACGUAAUUUCCAUGUGUAUGCACGUAUUGGCUGCUGCUGAUGAAUUAAUUCUACUCGAGCUCAAGAAUUUUUGUGUGGAUUAUGUGAAACAAUAUAUUGACUCUGAGUCUGCUAUUGUACUUUUAGAUUUAGCUCUCAAAUAUGGAUCGGAGGACUUGAUCGAGAGUUGUUUUGAUUUCAUCAAACACAACGCUAGAGAAGUCAUUGCAAGUGAAUCCUUACCUUUUGUUUCUCAUUUAACAAUGAAAGUUUUCUUAGAAAGUGAAUAUUUAGCUGUCGACGAAAUUGAAUUAUUUCGAGCAUUACUUCGAUGGGGAAUGUCACAAAUUGAAAUUUCAGAUGAUACAGGGCUACUUGAUACUGAAGAAGAUAUUUCAGAUGAUGAAGAGGUUGAGGACGUUCUUAUUGAUGAAGAAACCAAAGAACAAACAGUCACUCACAUCGUCGAUAUGAAAGACUUGAAAGAUCUGUUGUGUGAACCUCCAGAAGAAGAGGAACUCAUCUUUAGAAAGAAACAAUUGGCCAUGAACAGAAAGCGUCUUCUCAUGAAUGAUUACAUCAACAAUGACACAGAUGAAUCUGAAUCAGACACUCCUUUUGCAGUUGUGAAAAAUCCAUUACGUGACGACAUUAGUUUACACACUAAAUUUUCAUUAGAUCCAGUACCACAAAAUAGACAUCAUACAGACCUUAUACAGCUCGCCAAUAGACUCUCGGAUGAGGAUAAGGAUCUUAUUAGGCAAGUGGUUCGAGAUUUGAUUCCAUGUAUUCGAUUUCCUCUCAUGACAGCACACCAAUUAACCGAUGUAGUUGAAAUAUUUGGAAUUGUGGAUGAUAGUUUAUUGUUGGAAGCCUAUAGACAUGUAUGUGCUCCAGAUCGAACGCUUCCAAGUACCUGUAAACGAGCUCAAAAGAGAAAAGGAGCCUCUGAAAAUGAACAAAGUCAUUUUAGUGCAUCAACGAUUUUGAAAGGAAAGAACAGACAAGAGGUCAUCAAAAUGUGUGGUGAAAGUAGCAUUACUAAGGGCAAAAUGUGGACAUUGGCAUUUAAAGCUUCUAAAGAUGGUUUUGACAGCAGUGUUUUCCAUCAAAAAUGUGACACGCGAGGACCUUCCGUUUUGGUGUGUCGUACCACAGAAGGUUAUAUCUUUGGAGGAUAUAACUCUGUAGAAUGGAAUAGUAACAAUCAAUGGCUCAAAGCCAAUGACACUUUUCUCUUUAGUUUGGUCAAUCCUUACAACGAUGGACCUCGAAAAUUGAAAGUGAAAAAUCCACAAAGAGCCGUCUAUUGUCAUGCAAGUAGUGGACCCAGUUUUGGAGGUGGUACCAAUCUUGUCUUUGAUCCCUAUGAUUUAUAUCUGGAUAGUUCCUUGAAGAGAGGACAUACGAAUGUGGGUGGUGCGUAUUCAACCUUUCGAGGUGGAUUUCGAAGUGAUGAAGCACAAAAGAGUUUAGCAGGUUCAUUGAAUGCAUGGAUUCUCAAUGAAGUGGAAGUUUUCUUAUUACAAUAA